UCAUAUUAAUCGAAACCGUGGGUUACGCUUGCUUUAUCUUUUAUUUUGUUUAUUUACGUUCUGUUGAGGUUUUUCCCAAGGAACAGAACUACUGCAGUAGAUGUAUCGCUAUCUGCAAAUUUUAUUCCUUAAUAUUCGUAAAAACCCAAAACUGCUACCAUUUCCUGCACUAAGCACGUGUAAAACCUCUGUAUUUUGCUUAGAAUCAUCCCAGUUCGCUGUCAAGCAAAGAUUUUCUGGUAUAUUUACUUCAACCUCUAAGUGGUCAGUAAUGGAAUUUUCACAAGAUAAAGAUAAAUAUUUGAAAAUGAGUCUGGAUGAAAAAAGAAAUCAGUAUCAUUGUAAAUCUAAAUAUGUUACCUUAGACAAUAUUCCUAGCUGGAAACAAUAUUCUGUUAAAGUAAAGUCUCAUCAUUCUUCAUCAGAAUAUUCAAAAAAUGAUAGCUUGAAUGAAAGAGUAUCACUCUUUGUUGGUGACAUCACUGCCUUAGAAAUAGAUGCAAUUGUGAAUGCUGCCAACAAUUCACUUCGUGGUGGAGGAGGAGUCGAUGGAGCAAUACAUAGAGCAGCUGGGCCUAAGCUGCUAGCAGAAUGUUGUACUUUAAAUGGCUGCCCUACUGGUGAAGCAAAAAUUACUGGCGGAUACAAGUUGCCUUCAAAAUAUGUGAUCCAUACUGUUGGUCCUAUUGGAGAGAAACCUGAUUUGCUCAAAAACUGCUAUUGGAACUCACUAUCUAUUGCCAAAGAAAACAAUUUAAAAAGUGUUGCAUUUCCUUGCAUUUCUACUGGGGUUUAUGGUUAUCCAAAUGAAAAUGCUGCCCAUAUAGCUUUAAAGACAGUUAGAGAAUUUUUAGAAAAGAAUGAAAAUUCGGUUGAUCGUGUGAUUUUCUGCCUCUUUUUGCCUGUAGAUGUGGCAAUUUAUGAAUCUCUAAUGCAGGAAUAUUUUCCUUUGUAAAGGUGCUGUUUGAAAUAUUCUCAAGGAAAUCUAAAGUUUUUAAAAAUACAUCUUCCAUGCAUUUGUACUUUAUUGCAUUUAUUUAAACUUUUCUUUGUGAGACCUAAGCUUAAAAAAGCUGUUUUUUUAAAAAUUUAUUUUGAUUUGUGUAAUGCUCACUGCAUUUUUAUAUCUAUAUAUCUUUUAGUCAUUUUAAAGUAUUAUUUAAGAAAUAAUUUUUAAGUACACAGAGUAAGAUUAUCAAAUUAAUGUUCUGCUUAUUUGUAAAGUAUUAAAUUUAAUUAAACUGUUAACACAUAGUUGACGAAUAAGUUUUUAAAAUUCUGAAUAAGCUGUUAUAUUGUAGUGGAGAUACAAUUCACCGUGUUUACAACUUUUAUAACAAUAUCGUUAUGAUAAAUGUGGGGGAAAAUAUUGUUUUCUAGCUCUUGAAAUAAAAUACUAGAUUUUUCAACCUUUAUUGUCGAGUGUUUAAUAUUUUAAAUAUCUUAAUGCCUAUGCAAACUAAAAUUUGUCUAAUAAUUGAUGUAAUAGCAAAUGAGUUCUAAGUUCUUAUUAAAAAAAUGUAAACAAAGUGUUAACUUAUAAGAUUUAAUCUUGGUAAUUAGAUCACUCUUGUAACUCUUGUAUGAAAGAUAAGUGUUGCAAGUAAAUAAGAUUAUAAGAUUUUUUCAUUGUUAUUUUGCUGAGAAUUUUCAAAGUAUAUGAAUUCCUUUUUUUUCUCUCCAUAAAUUGUAAUCAAUAUAGCUAAUAUGUGUGUUUAAAGAUUGUUGAAAGUAUUAUUGUUUAUAAUUCUUGCCAUGAAUAUCUUAUUACUGAAGCUCAAUAAUAAAUCCUAUUUUUAUCUAUAAAAAAA